CCCAAGAGAGAAGAAACACAAAGGAAAAAUGUCAAACCUUUCAAUCUUUCUUGUACUUUCCUUCUGCUCUCUUCUAAUAAUCCCAAAUUUGGUUUCUUCUUCACCAGUUCAAGACCCUGAGCUAGUUGUACAUGAAGUACACAGGAGUAUCAAUGCGUCUAGGAGGAACUUGGCCUAUUUGUCAUGUGGAACUGGGAAUCCGAUUGAUGACUGCUGGAGGUGUGACCCGAACUGGGAGAGAAACCGUCAAAGGUUAGCUGAUUGCGCCAUUGGAUUUGGGAAGAAUGCUAUUGGGGGAAGAAACGGUCGGAUUUAUGUGGUCACAGAUUCCGGCAACGAUGAUCCUGUGAAUCCGAAGCCGGGAACUCUCAGGCAUGCUGUGAUACAAGAUGAGCCAUUGUGGAUUAUAUUCAAAAGAGACAUGGUGAUUCAGUUGGAGAAAGAGCUAGUCAUGAACUCGUUCAAGACUAUUGAUGGUAGAGGUGCAAGUGUUCACAUUGCUAAUGGACCAUGCAUAACCAUUCACUAUGCCACCAACAUCAUCAUUCAUGGCAUUCACAUACAUGAUUGUAAGCAAGGAGGCAGUGGCAAUAUUAGAAACUCUCCGGAACAUUCCGGGUGGUGGAAAGUAUCGGACGGCGAUGGGGUGUCCAUCUUUGCAAGUCAACACAUUUGGGUUGACCAUUGCUCGCUAUCGAACUGCCAUGAUGGACUCAUCGAUGCCAUCCAUGGAUCCACUGCCAUCACCAUCUCUAACAACUACAUGACCCAUCAUGAUAAGGUCAUGCUCUUGGGCCACAGUGAUUCGUAUACUCAAGACAAGAACAUGCAAGUCACUGUUGCCUUUAAUCAUUUUGGAGAAGGGCUAGUUCAGAGAAUGCCAAGGUGCAGGCAUGGGUAUUUUCAUGUGGUGAACAAUGACUACACUCAGUGGGAAAUGUAUGCCAUUGGUGGAAGUGCGGCUCCUACUAUUUAUAGUCAAGGCAAUCGAUUUUAUGCACCCAGUGAGAGAUUUAAGAAAGAGGUGACCAAACAUGAGGAUGCACCGGAGAGUGAAUGGAGGAAUUGGAAUUGGAGGUCAGAGGGGGACUUGAUGUUAAACGGAGCGUAUUUCCGGCAAACCGGAGCCGGUGCAUCUUCAAGCUAUGCCAGGGCUUCUAGCCUCAACGCAAGACCAUCUUCUCUUGUGGGUUCAAUAACCAUGAAAGCUGGUGCACUCAACUGCAGGAGGAACUCUCAUUGCUAAUAUUUAACAGCAUAAUAUUAAGCAAGAUAAAUGGAUGAGAAGAAUCAUUAGUCAGGCUGUUAAAUUAAUUUAAAGUACUUGCAGUUUCUUUAAUCAACUAUCUAUAAUAUAUAGCAACCUCUACUUAUUGCUUUAAAGGGCGCUAUCCAAGGAUUUUACUGCAAUCCUUGUUAUAUAUAUGUCAAAGAAAGCGAGCGCAGAAGUGUUGCUUUAAAUUAAAGUUUUCAAUUAAUUUUCCUGUGUGUCGGUAUUCAUGCAUGCUGCAAUCACUCACUUUUGCUCAGCAAGAAAACAGCUUAAUUAUGUGUGGCUGCUUUAUUUACUUUUGCUCUCUAA